AUGAAUUUGGACACAGAUAUUUUAGACUGCAGAGCACAGAUUGUUACUGAAGCGCUUCUCAACCUUGCCCAUAUGUCACAAUCACCUGGGGAGUUUGUGAAUAUUCAGAAAUUAGUCAAAGGGUCCACCAUACCCAACCUCACGGUUCUGCCAUCUGCUCAUCGCACCGAUCCCCAUUUUACCCCUGUGCCCGUGUUACAGCGGGAUGCCAGUAAAGGAAUUUUAAGUUUGUUACAACGGGGACUGAUUCCUCCAACAGCCAGGAUCACCUGGCAAAAUCCACCCAUGAAACACAAACCAAUUCCUCUGCAUAAUUUUGAGGAAGCACACAAGGUCACAACUACAGCCCCCUUCAGUACGUUCCAGAAACAAGAUAUGGUUUCACCAGAAGAUGCUUCUAUGAAGAAAGAAAAGCUACAGGUAUUAAUCGAUAAAAAUCAGUGCAAUCAGAUCUUCAGUCUCCUCCCAGUGACUGCUUAUUUUGAGGAAGAGGAAAUUGUGAAGCAUAUUUACAAGGUCUUCAAAUAUGACUACUGCUACUAUUACUGUCUCCAGCAACUAACACAGAGUGCUUUCUCUGUGCUGGGCCCUAUUCUUGGCAUCCUAAAUGGGUUACUUCAUUUUUCCAACCUCUCUACACUACAGAUGUACUCCAGUUAUGCUUUAGCUGACUCCAAACCCAUAGCUUCCCAGUGCCUGAGUGGUCUAUUUGAUGUCCAAGUGUGGGUUUCCUUUGAGAUCAGGUCUUCUCUGGAAGUGUCAUCCAAGGAGGUCCAGAAAGCCGCCUCUCUGAGGAACCUGAAACCCAUCGGGGAGUACGACUUUAACAUCUACGAAGGCAUCAUAUCGCAGACAGCCCCGGACUUCGUGGCCUUCAAGGAGCAUUUCCGCCUGGCCUGGGGGAGCAUCUUCUCCGUCCUGGAGCACAUCGUGAAGUUCCUGCGGGACUACGCCAUACCCGAAGUCAAGAUCAAGGGGAAGAACCUGGUCAGCCUCCUUCCCGAGUUCGAGCUGAAGAACAAACUGACCAGAUACGACAUCCUCUCCACGUUCGAGAACCCCCUCCACAUCCAGAUGCUGGUCAACCUCCCCGGGCAGAGGUACAAGGGCCAGAACGGAAAGGUGGAGGCCGCCAAGAAGAUCCAAGCCACCUGGAAAUGCUACCAGGCCAGGAAGAGCUUCCUGCACUUCCGCCGGCAGAAGUGGGCCUCCGGGGUGAUCGCCAUCGCCUGGCUCCUGCACUGCCACAAGACGAGGCUCAAGAGGAUCCUGAGGGAAUCCCGACAGAGACACCUGGAGAACUUCCGCAUCCGCGCCAAGCAUCUGGAAGCCAACUGGAAUCGCAUCAGGACCUCCAGGAGGACGAUUAUCCAUAUCCCAUCAUUAGGGUAUCAUGAGACGGUGCGAGACUGCAUUGCUGAUUUUGCCAUACUUCAGAACAUGCAGCUGGGGAGGCUGUGUGACAUCAAAGAUGACAAUGUGAAUAUCAUCUACAUCUCCUCCCUUCAUAUGAACGAUGAGUUAAGGCUCUAUUACCAAAAAAUCCUGAGUCUACAUGCAGCUGUCAAAACCGGGAAUGUGAACUACAGAAAUGACCUGAAGAACAGGCUCAAAAUUAUCACCCCCGAAGCUGUAGACUUCUUCACAAUGAUAGAACAGUUGACCCAGUUGGUGACUGAUCAUCUGCAUAUCCAACGCUGGCUCUUUAAAAUGGACCUGGAAUUCGGAGGAAACGGGAUAGCGUUCUGUGACAUUUCUUCCCAUCUACCAUGCUACAAGUGGGUAGUAAAGGAGAGUAACAGAUACGGGAGUGAAGGCUGGAGUAAGAAGUGGGCACAUGAGCCAGCUUUGCUGAAGAUCUCCGAGGAGCUGGCGGGCGUUUUAGCACAGCACGCACAGCCAGUCAAUGGGAAACGGUUCCCGACAUGGAGGAAAUUCCUCCACACAUUUCUCAGUCAAGGAGGCACGAUCGAAGCGUUCCCGCCCACAGACAGCAUCACCAACCUCACUGUGGACAUGCUCAUAGAGCCCAGUGGAGAAGUCACCGUGCUGUCCACGGGGGACCAGUUUCAUGCUGAAGGCCCCUUUAUUUCCUCUGGUACCACCAUACCUCAGACCUCCGUGGACCCCAAAGUUCUCAAGGGUUUGUGCCUCCAAAUUGGACAGGCCUGCAAAAAGAGAAAAGUGAUUGGGUACCUUUCCAUCGACCUGGUGACAUUUAUUGAUCCGAGAACCUUGGAACAGCAGUUAUGGGCAACAGACCUCAACCUCACAUACAGUGACCAGUUGGCUCUGACACAGCUCACUCUGUACCUGACAAAUGGCACCCUGGAUUGUGACUUGGGCACCUUGGAAGUGCCCCGCUUUGUUCCAAAAGACACAGGAAAGAACUUGAGGUCCAACCACCCUCUGUCGGCACUGUCGCUGGAAACCAGUCGCUAUGCAGUGAUGACCACGCAGCUGAAGCACAGCAAUCUCUCGCUCAUUUUCUACUACGUUUUCUUGCAGAUGUGUAAGGCCCAUGGCAUUGGCUAUGACCUUGAGGACAGAAAAGGAACUGUGUUUGUUCUAUAUGAACACGUGAAGAGAAGCAAGAUGGGCAUGUUAACAAUCGGCGUGGAUCUCCAGGGGGUCCUCACGACCUUUGCCCGCAAUCUCUUCAUCAUCCAUCAAGAGAUAUCAGCACCUAAUAUGCAAGGCGAGACCAAUUUUAAGACCACCAUUAAUGAUGUUGAAAGCAUCCUAGGAGUGACAGAAGAAAACAAAAUAAGAUUUGAAGAACUACAGUCCAAAGAUGAUAAAAAAGCAUUCCGUGCUCGAGUACUUCUGAAGUAGCUUACAAUGUUAGAUCCCGGGUCUAGAGCAAGAAAGGGCAGGAUUUCUUUUGCUUUUAGGAAUAAAAGUGAAGGAAACUAGUUUGCCGUGUUUGCUGAGGUGAAUCUAGAUGGGUGACAUUACAUGUUCGUUUUAACAUUUAUUAAGAGAGCAUAUGUUAUUCAUUAAAUCAAAACCUAUUGCUGUUUUUACUUGAGAGUGCUGAGUCAUCUCUUCCCCUUCUCA